AAUUUUAUUAUUCAUGAUGGACUAUGACAAAUGAGUUUAUUGAAGAGAGCUGAUCAUAAUCGCAAGUCUGCUCUUAUUAAAACACAUCAACUAAUUAAAAAUAUUCAGAGCACCCUUCCCCUGCAACACAUUUUUGUUAUCAGAGCAUGUAUAUUUAUAUGGAAAGCUAUUAAAAUUUCACUUCUUUAAAAUGAAAUUGACAUAGUUUUUUUUCUAUCCUAUAAUAUACAUUGUUAAAAAUUAUUUAGUCCUGAUGAUGCAUUUAUGACAGUCAGAUAUGUUGCGGUGCUAUUGGUUAUUGGUGUUCAUGGCUCCACUCUCUGACUAUGUGUGGUCAUUAAAGCCUUGUCCAGGUGACACUAGGGGUGACAGGUCAGUUAUUAUUAUUAUCGUUAUUAUGUCGUCGUUGUUGUUGUCAAACUCUCCUUAGCUUGAAUUAGAGCGAGACCUUAAAUUAUUAUGGAAAUGAUCGAAGUACAUGCAGAGGGAGUAAAACUUACCAGUAAUAAAUAAUAUGUAUUUUCAACUGAAAUAAUCACCUUGUUGUGACCUCUCCCCAUUAUUAUUAUUAUUAUUAUUAUUAUUAUUAUUAUUUUUCUCCCUAUUAUGGUAAUUAGUAGGGGCAUAUUGUAAGCAUUGGAUACAAAAAUAAUGAAAAUGAUAUUAUUUAUUUUUUGCAAUAAAUGAAUUUCAAUUUAAUUUCAAACUUGCCAAACCUAAGCCUUUGUAAUCAUGAUAGCUGCAUGUGUCUUUGUCAUGAUGUGAUUUACUUAUUACAAAAUUGCUUGGAAUACUAGGCGUUGCAAUCAUGACCUCACACACAGAGUCUGUGCCCGCAUAGGAGUUCCAGAUACUUCAUUUUGGAAAUUCACAGGACAAACAUCAUGGUGUGGAUCACCUAGUGAGUAUAAUAUAGCCUGAUCGAGUUAAACCAAACAAACCCACAGUUCGGUCUACACAUAUAUGACUUCUCAGAGACUUAACAGUAUAGAUCAAGACACUAUAGUAAUAAUAUUUGUUACAGUAAAUAAUUAUUGGUUCAAACUAAUCAGUUAAUAACUUAAAUUUGAGAUUAAGAUUUUCUUAUUAAGCCUAGACUGUUCACAGUCGAUCCCCUGUGAUCCUUGUCGAGAUCCAGCACUUUGCUUUCAUGGGGUGACCAUCUAGGAUUCAUAUGUCCUGAGUCUAGCCUGGGAACGAGUGUCAAAUGUCCUUAGGAGGCGGAGGACAGUUUGAGAGGAGGCAAUACCGGCCUUCCGCUAUAAACCCUGGCGCCCACCCCCUCGGUACAUAUGAAACCAAGAUGGCUACCAGUACGCAAAGCACCCGAUCUCGGCAGUCUUACAGAAAAUUAGGGGACUGUGAACUGUCUAAAAUAAGCUUUGUUCUUGGAUUAAACAACUAAAUACACUGGAUGAUCACUCUUAAACAUGAACGCUCUUCCAGCGGUGUUUAAGUCUCGCUUGCUUGGAGAUUAGAUCAAGAGAUGAGGAUAAAUAUACGAAAAUUCAAGGGCCUUGAUUCCACAGAAAUUACAUCAUUGCCAUAGAUCAAAAAAGUGAGUUACAUGGCACAUCAUUUCAAUCAUCGCUGAAAAUAAACCGCAUGCUCAUCACGAGACUCAUUUGCAUGCAAUGAAAGUUUACAACAUGUGACCAGUUAGUCUUUUGCUAAUUAAGAUUCUUCUUUUUUUUGACCACCAAAGUGUUCACUUGUUCCAAAGUAAUCAACUCUUUCAACCAAUAGAAUUCGUGGACAGACCCAAUCCGGAAAAGUGGUAUACCUAAGCUUUCUUCCCAAAACAUGCAUGGCUUCGGUCACACAACAAUACUUAUUCCCAGUUUCCAUGGUCUCCGUUAGGACCGAAACAGUUGUUUGUGUACUAAAUACGAAGAAAAAAAUGCUUGCAGAUUAUGAGUCUUGCUGAUCACGCAAGCAAGACUUUUAAGAGUAGCAGAUCUUGGAGAGCUGCUCAUGGGCCUGUCUGUUUCUUACACCAUAGUUGGAUUAUAUAACCAAAGCAAUGCAUUUGUUUGUUUUCUUAUAUAUGCAAUAAAUACUAUACAUCAACAAGUCUUUCAAUUAACAUUUCACUGUACUCAAAGUUAUCUAAACACUCAUAAUGUUGGUGCCUUUAAAAAGUAAUUUGUUUUCCUUUGAUCUGUUACCGCUUUUACAUUUUUGUGUUAAUUAAUGUACAUGUAGGUUAUUAUGGCGAUGAAAAUGAUGGCAAACCAAGAUGUCCACCAAGUGAGCCCACCUGGUGUAUUUGCAAGUGGGCAACUGCCAGUUGGAUCAAGGGAGAAGGAUGCAAUAAGGUUUUUAUUAUUUUCUAUUCAAUUUUAUAAUUGGGGCGCGUGUGUAUAUGUGAAAUAAAAAUAAUGAUGAUGAUAAAUAUAAUGAUGAUAAUGGGUCUGAUCUUUGAGCUGAUCACAUGAAAAAUCUCAGUGCUCUGACAAAUUUGUAUAUAUAUAUAUAUAUAUAUAUAUAUAUUUAUAUCAGUAAAACUAUAUGUAAUUAAGAAGUGGAUUUAAGAUGAAUAACAAAAAUAAAAAGAGAAUGAAUACAAAAUUAUUGACUAUGACAAGUAUUUUGUGAAGAGAUUACUGCAUGGACUUAUGUUUGAAAGAACUUGAUGAGUUUGCUGAAUGAAUGGGUUCUGGUAAUGAGUUGAAGCUGUGAUUGGUCACUUAAAUGAGAAGAAGAUACGAUGUUGAUCUUAAGAAGCAUGCAACCAUCCAGGCUUUUAAAUAACAUAAAAGAUCUGUUAUAUAUGUUGUGGCUCAGUUAUUAAUCCUUGAUUUAAAUUUUGUUACCUUUUGUCUCUCAGUAUGACAUUAAGUAUGGUAAUAUGUGUGGCAAUGAGUUUGAAGUAAAGGAAAAUAAAAACUAAAAGAUAAAAUGAUUGAACCACAAAAUAUACACUAGUGCCUUGCUUGUAAGAGCAGGAGAAUCCUUUGUAGAAAGGUAACUGCCAUGACAUGUAUUAGCCUCAGGCACUGCCAGAUCCAGCAGUAUUUUUCCUGCUUGGGUGGUCUUCACAAACUUUACGAUCUAAUAAAGACUGGGUGUAUGAAAGCUGGUUAGUACUUCAGUAAAGCCCUGCGUGGCUCCUUGUAGCAUUUUGGGCCUGCUGUACUGAUUUCCAGCCUGUGCAUUAAUUCAUAUGGCUUGUAGUCAACAAAAACUUAAAAUGAAUUUGUGGUUAAAUUACAUAGUGAGUCAGUUUCCCUUGUAGUUCACUAAUGCUAAUUGUUAAGAUUAUUUUGUUUUUCUUUAAAAACAGAAUAUCCAGUUUGAUUGUGAAGCCACUGAUGUAUGUGACCUAAAGGUAAAUUGUCAUAAUAUUAUUCUUGUAUCCCUUUAUACUUUUCUUUUUUAAAAUUAACAACAUUUGGAAGAGAAUUUGGAGAAUAUCACAUUAUGUCCUUCCAACAAAGACGUGCAUCAGCACCACUCUUUAUACUUUCUUUUUCCAAAUUAACAAAAUUUUGAGGAAAAUUCACAGGAUAUCACAGUGUCCUUCUAGCAAAGACGUGCAUCAUGUUAUAGAACAAGUGAUCUGUUAAUUUAUAAAAAAAAACAUAAAAAACCACUCCCUUAACUCUAUUAGUCCUAAUUAUGAAGAACCUCAAUAAAUCGCUUUCAGCCUCGUGGUCAGCAGCUUUACAAAUUGCUUGGAAUAAAAGUAAGUUUUAACAUGUGAAAAGAGUUCAAUUCCUACAGGAUUUUUUUGGUGCACAAACUUGGCCACCGAUUCAUUGUUUUGAACACAAAUGUGGUCACCGUGACGUCAUGUAAAAACAAUCUAUUUUCUGCUUACAGUAUCAAUAGAGAGGUUAAGCAUCACGUUUACGUCAAACGGCAAACGUGAAUUUGUACCACAUGAUGAAGUUUCCGUCCCCAUUGUCAUUUACUGUUCAUCAUUUCUACACAUAAAUUAGUAGUUUCAUGCAAUUUUUUAUCCAUAAGAAUUUUUUUAGCUGCUUUUAUCUGCUCAUUUUCUAUUUUGAGAAAUUCUCAGCGUGAAUCUGAUGUUUGCCGUUUGCGGAAUCUCUCCAAUGAUCAAGAGAAAAAGUUAUGAGAAUUGAUGAAAUGAUGGUCGAAGGGGAAAUGAUUUGAUCUUUGACCAAAUCUUGAACAAAUGAUAGAGAUUAGUCUGUAUGUGGAUACUGGGGCUUAAAGUGUUAAUUGACACCACAGAUGUAUUUGAUAGGUAGAGAGGAACAAUUGUGUUAAGUAUAGUCCCCUAAGUAACUAUCUCUUUGUCAAAUUUCCAGGCCAGUUACAAAGAUUUUAACGUCGAUUUGAAGCCUGCUCAUGACUGUAUGAUGGUGAAGUGCAAAAAAGAGUGGGAGGCCUGUGGCAAGGCUGCUCAAACUAGAUCCUAUCAAGGUCGAGAUUUGUUGGAAGUUUGA